AUGACCGAAGUAUCAUCAAACUCCAACAAACCAUUAUCGACGACAUCAGGAUCGGAAACAUUGCUAAAACCUGCAGAUAUAACAGUUACCCCGCCAAAUCAACAGCAGCAACACCAACACCAACGCCAACACCAACAGGAACAAUCGAAUUCCUCUCAAGACACGGGGGCAACUACCAAUGCGUCGUCAUCACCUUCUGCAGCAACUGGAUCUUCCAGUAUAGCCAACACCACAACAUCAAUCUCCUCUUCCAUAGCUCAACACCACAGUAACCCCAAUACCAACUUUCUCAAUACCUCACCCAGAAGUGCUUCGUCACCAACGGGAAUCGGGUACGCUGCCGCGUCGUCGUCGUCGUCGUCGUCGUCAACGGCAAGAGGCAGACCAAGUACUUCGAGAAGAGGAAGCGCCGUACCUCCAAAUGGGUCCUCUGUCGCAACCGGUUCAUCAGCCACAAAUAUCCUUAGUACGUCACCCAACCGUGUCAGAAGCAACAGUUACAACAACCCUGAAUUGACUCCAACGCCAUCACACCAUCAACCGGCGCAAACCGUGACUAGACAACGUAGAUCAUCGUCGUUGAUUCAACAUUUGGAACCAGAUACGUUGGAGACCAAGAUUGACCAGACCUUGAACCCUAAUGUGAAUGCCAACUGGGUUCAUCAGAAGGGAGCAUGGAUCAUCCAUAUUGUCAUCAUUGUCUUGCUCAAGAUUUUCUACAAUUUUAUCAGUGUUUUAGACAACGAUUGGAAAUGGACAUUGACGAACUUGACAUAUACGAUUGGGUCGUAUAUCAUGUUUCAUCAAGUUAAGGGAACUCCAUUUGAGUUUAAUUCGGGAGCUUAUGAUAAUCUAACCUUGUGGGAACAAAUUGAUAAUGGUGAUCAGUAUACUCCAACUAAGAAGUUUUUGAUGUUGGUCCCCAUUUGUUUGUUUUUGAUUAGUACUCAUUACUCCCAUUAUGAUUUGAAUUUGUUUAUUUUGAAUGGUGUUAGUUGUCUUUGUGUGGUGGUGCCCAAGUUGGCCAUUUCCCAUAGGUUGAGGGUGACUUUGUACUGA